CAUUUUAGUGUCACACAAAGCCUCCAUCAUUAGGUUAAUAAUCAUGCCUUCUCCUUCCUCCGCCAUCCCUAUGAGGAAAUAUGACGUCUUCCUGAGCUUUAGUGGCCAAGACAUCCGCCAUAGUUUUGUUAGUCAUCUCCGCGAAGCCCUGUGUCAACACCAAAUCAAUACAGUCGUGGAUGAAACCCUUGAAAAAGGAGAAGAAAUCUCUCUUACCCUCAUGAAAAAAAUUGAAGAAUCAAAUAUUUCAGUAGUUAUUUUCUCCAAAAGCUAUGUUUAUUCUCCUUGGUGUUUGGACGAACUCGUAAAAAUACUCGAAUGCAAGGAUUCCAUGCAGCAAAUAGUUUUGCCACUUUUUUACCACGUGGAUCCCGAAGAUAUUCAAGAGCUCAAAGGGUGUAUUGGGGAUGCACUUGCUAAGUAUAAAGAAGAAUUCAUGAACAAUUCCAGCAUGGUUGAGAGAUGGAGCCAUGCUUUGAUGGAAAUAGCCAAGAUUACAGGGUGGGAUUCAAAGAACAUCAAGCCUGAGUCCAAAUUGAUUAAGAUAAUUGUCAACGACAUUUGGAAGAAAUUGAAUCAAAUGUCCAUAAAUGAUUUUAAUCAUGGCUUAGUUGGAAUUGAUUCACGCAUCAAAGAAGUUGAAUCAUUGUUAUCUAUUAGAUCAGAAGGUGUACAUUCCCUAGGAAUUUGGGGAAUCGGUGGUAUAGGUAAAACAACCAUUGCUGGGGUUCUAUACAAUCGAAUCUCUGCUCAAUUUGAAAGUCAGUGUUUUGUUGCAAAUGUGAGGGAAGAAUUAGAAAAGCACACCAUAGUUCAUUUACGAGAUGAAAUCCUUUCCAAGCUGUUGGGGGUAGAUAUAAAGAUUGGCAUACCUAAUGUUUUACCAUCUUUCGUUAAGAACAUGCUUUUGAAGAAGAGGGUUCUUAUUGUUCUUGAUGAUGUGAGCAGUCCCCUGCAGUUAAAAUCUUUGCUGGAAGAGCACGAUUCAUAUGGUUCAGGGAGCAGAAUUAUUAUAACAAGUAGGAAUAAGCAAGUGCUCAAAUAUGGAUGUGCCAAAAUUUAUGAGGUUAAGGAGCUAAUUCCCCAUGAAGCUUUUCAGCUCUUUCGAUUUCAUGCAUUCAAGCAAAAUCAACCCUCAGAAGCGCAUGUGCAUUUGUUAGAAAGGGCUAUGAACUAUGCUGAAGGCAUUCCAUUAGCUCUUAUAGUUUUAGGUUCGAACUUAUGUGAUAAGCAUAUUGAAGAAUGGGAAAGUGAAUUGGUAAAGUUAGAAGGCACUCCCAAUAAGGAUAUUCAAAACAUUCUGAGAAUUAGUUAUGAUGGACUAGAUCAGAAUGAAAAGAAUAUAUUUCUUGAUGUUUUGUGUUUCUUUAAAGGGGAAGACAAAGAUCGGGUUAUAAAUAUAUUAGAUAGCUUUGGUUUCUCUGCUAAAAGUGGAAUAAGUCAUCUCAAUGACAAGUCUCUUAUAACAAUUUCAGAAAACAAGUUAGAGAUGCAUGAUUUGCUACAGCAAAUGGGCAAGGAUAUUGUUGACCAAGAAUGUAUAAAACAACCUGGAAAGCGUAGCAGGUUAUGGAACUACAAGGAUAUCUAUCAUAUAUUAACCAAGGAUAAGGGGACUGCGAGAGUUGAAGGCAUAAUUCUAAACAUGUCCCAAAUUAGAUAUAUGGAACUAAGUUCUACAGUCUUCAUGAAAAUGGAAAAUCUUAGAUUCCUGAAAUUCUUCAAUCCUUGUUCUGCAAAAAACAAAGUGUAUUUUCCUAAGGGCCUCAAAUUUCUUCCUGAUGGGCUAACGUUUCUUCAGUGGGAUGGAUGCCCUCUUAAAUUCUUGCCAUCAAAAUUUUCCCCCAAGAAUCUCAUUGAAUUUCACAUGCGUGAAAGCUAACUCAAACGACUUUGGACUGAA